AUGCCACAAUCAAACGAUAAUAUUGCUUACCGUGUUUUAUUAAUCAUCGAUGCAACGGGAUCCAUGGGCGAGUUUUUGAACUCUCUUACUAUAUCCCUUUAUCAGGUUGCAUCCAUUAUGAAACUUACUACUCAAACAAAAUCAGAAAUAGGUAUUCUAUGGUAUCGUGAUUAUGAUCAACCUGUUGAUAAAGUCAUAGAUUUCUCUGGUUAUACAACUGAUAUGAACAAACUUUCCACAUUUCUUGGAGAUUUAAAACCAGCUGGUGGUGGAGAUCAUCCAGAAGCUACAAAAACUGCAUUAAAUAAAGCAUUAGAUAUGAAUUUAGUGGAUUCGAAUACAGUAGUGUUUCUAUAUACAGAUGCACCACCACAUCAUCCAACAACUAAAGGAUCGUCCUGGUUAUUAGAAGCAAAAAAUAUCAAAGAAAAAGAUUGGAUUAAGUUAUGUAAACUGUAUCAGCAAACUGGAUGUAAAGUAUUUUCAAUUCUAAAUGAUGCAAAAUUUACUACAUCAUCUUUUUACAUAUUAUUAAGUAAUUAUACUCAAGGCAAAACAUUAUUAUUAAGAACAACCGAUGUAAAAACUAUUUCAAAAUGUACUAUUAAUUUAUUCUUAAGAUUAUGUAAUGCUGAAUAUGAACCAACAGAUUUAGUACAGUGUUUAAAUUUCAUAAAUGUCAAUUUAUCUGCAUUUGAUAAUGAAGAAGAUGCACGAUAUGAAGAUCUCGUAUACUUACCAAGCGCAAAAUCAAAGCACCAAGCUUCGAUCAAGACUGAGUCAUUCAGUGCAGAUCCAAUACAAUUUAUGAUAGCAGAUUUAAAAUUUAUGUUAAAUAAAUUUAAAGAAGAUGAUACAUAUAAAUCUGUAGUAUAUCAAAUAUUAGAAUCUUUAAUGACACCUAAACAUGUUCUUGCAUUGACCCAUAAUAGUAUUUUAGGUUUAUUAUGGCGAUUAAUUUGUGAACAACGAAAAGAUGAACGUAGAGAAAAACUAUUAUCUACAUUAUCAAAUACAUUAAACAUAAUGGCUAGUGAUGCAAAAUUGAAAGACGAUGCUGUAAUAGUUCGAACAUGGUUAGAAGAAAGUUAUAAUGCUAAAGAAGAAAUUCAAGCUAGAAUUGCUGAAGUUAAAGAACAAGUACCAGCUUUAGUAUUAACAUUAGAUCAAAAAAUGGAUAGACGUGAAUUAAUGGAAAUUACUCGAUCAUGUAAUCCACCAGUAUUACGUACAGUUAUGAAUUUAUUAAAUCAUCUUACAGUUGUUACAAAUAUAUCUAAUUUACCACAAACAUAUUUACCAUUAAAUAUCAAUGAUAAUGAAAUAUUUAAAUUAUUACCACAUCUUUUAGCUGAAGGUUUAAAAGUUUCGUUACGCCCAGCUUCGAUUAUGGCUAUGUUAUGUCUAUUAUCCAAAAAUGCUAUAUUACAAGAACGAGCUGAACGAUUUUUAACAAGUGUAAAAGGCAAAUGGAUUGAUUUAGAAUUACCAGAAAAUUAUGUAUACACCUUUAGUAAAAUGUGUAUUAAAUUACCUCAAUUUUUUACUGAUAAUGAAAAUCUAUUCUUUCAAAAAAUUUAUACUGUUGGUGGAUUAAAAAUAAAUGCUGCUACACAUGUAAUAGUUAAACAACCAUUUAGUCCAACAAUUAUGCAGAUUCAUAAAGAUAUAAAAGCUGAAUGUAAAACAUGUCAUAUUAUUAGAUCUACUACCUUAUUUCCAGAUGUAGGUACCAGUUGUUGUGCAUUUUGUUUAGACCGAUAUAAUCUGAAAUAUACACCUGAAACAUGUUCAGAUGAUUCAUCACAUUUAGUACAAUGUAAAAUAUGCACUUGUUUAUAUGCAGUAGUUCAAUAUAAUAAAUUAAAUGCAGAACCAAAAUGUUUUUAUUGUCGGGAAUUAGUAAAAGCACCAUAUCGUCGUUGUACUGGAUGCAAUAACAAAUAUAUACAUUAUGAUUCAACUGAACCAAUACGAAAUAAUGAUGAAGAAUAUACAUUUCUCUGUGCUGAAUGUCAAUAUUAUUCAACUAAUAAAACUAUAGUUGAUAUUCAUGUUCCAAUUAGUACAUUAAUUAAUGCUAAUAAAACCCAAUUAUUUGAAUAUUUAAAAAUUAAAAUUAAAGAUAAUAUUGAUCUUUUUUCUACUGAAUGGUCAUUAUUUAAAUUAAAAGAUAAAAUUGAAUUAGAUAAUACAGAAGAUAUGAAAUUUUUAUCAUUACCAUUAAUUCAUAAUAAAAAAUCCAUAUUAAAUCCUAAAGAAGUUUUAGAAGAAGUUUUUACAUGGAUACAAAGUGGUAAAUCAGAAUAUGUAACUUGUUAUAUAUGUUGUAAUGAUUUACCACGUGAUAAAAUAAAUAAAACAUGUGGUAAUAAAUUAUGUAAUGCUGAUGCAUGUAUUGAAUGUUUAACAAAAUGGUAUCAAGCUGUAAAACCUGGUAGUAUUGUAUUAGUUGCUCAUUUACUAUGUCCAUUCUGUAAACAAGCACCUAGUGGGAAAAUUCUUAAAAGAUACAAUAAACAAGCAUGUACUAUAUUAAAAUCGGAUAAAGAAAACGGUAUUGAUGAACAUUGGUAUUAUGGAUGGUGUAUUGAUUGUUAUAAAGUUAAAAAAGCACAAGAAAAAAUCUGUGGAAUAGAUGGUAAUAUUCCUGUAUUAACUGAUUUUGUUUGUGAUGAUUGUGUUGAAAUUCGUAAAAGUCCUAAAACUAAUGAUAUUAAAUAUUGUCCAGGUAUAAAUGAAAAUACAAAAGAAGUGUGUGGGGUAGCAAUAAGUAAAAAAGGUGGUUGCAAUCAUAUAGAAUGUACUGCAUGUAAUUCUCAUUGGUGUUGGUUGUGUGUGAAAAUUUAUGGAGAUUUUAUUUAUGAACAUCUUACAGCAGCACAUGGUAAUUAUGGUUUACAAGACAAUGAUGAUGGUGAUGAUUAUGACUAUUAA